AUGGGCACAGUAAUCAUUGGCGGUGGCAUCAUAGGCCUGUCCACCGCAUACUAUCUCUCACUGUCCAGACCGGCAACAGAAGAAGCGCCUAUUCAUAUCGUCGAGUCUGCGCCAAUGUUGCUCGCUUCUGCCAGCGGCUACGCUGGAGGUUUCUUAGCGUCAGACUGGUUCAGUCCAGCUGUUUCAAGCUUGGGGGCUCUUUCCUUCAGACUACAUCGCGAAUUGGCAGAGAAGCACGACGGGUCGCGAAAAUGGGGGUACGCCGGAAGCCAUGUCUACAGUUUGAGUGUUGACGAACAUGCCGCUAGCAGUCGAGGAAAGACUGGCCGACGCGGAGACUGGCUACUAGAUGGGACCAGCCGUGCUGGCCUGGUCGAAGGAAGGUCAGAUGGUCACCGUGGCGUGGUAAACCAGGAUGGGUCUCCGGCCGUGUUCACUCCCCAACCCGGAGGGUCUCUGAGCACAAUUGCCGGUCCGGAGGAAUGUGCACAGAUUGAACCCAAGGAACUGUGCGAAUUCCUCUACGAGGAGAGCAAGAGCCGCGGGGUUCAAAUCCAUCUGUCCACGACAGCUACGGCGGUUCUGACGAACAACGAAGGGUUUCUGACCGGCCUGAGGUUGGAGACCACGGGAGACCAAGGGGCUGAUAAGAGUGAUAUCGAAUGUGACAAGAUUGUGUUGGCUGCUGGAGCGUGGACGCCGAGGGUCUUCAAAACGCUGUUUGCACAGAGCAAAACGCGAAUACCCAUAAGACCAUUGGCUGGCUACAGCUUGGCUGUGAAGUCGCCUCGCUACCCUCAUCCGUUUGUUGACGCCGAGAAAAGGAACAUCGGUGGGGGUCAGGAUAACUGGCUUUGUUAUGCGAUAUAUUGCGCGCCAGGUCGAUACUGGUCCUACUCCCCAGAAGCGUAUGCUCGGUUGGCGCGUGACGGUGAAACAGAAAUCUGGAUUGGUGGUGUCAAUGACAGUGCUCUCCCAUUACCAGAAUUGGCAACCGACGUGAAGCAACUGAUGGAUCCGAAGAGCAUCGAAAGCCUUCGAAAGACCACAGUGCAGCUCACGGGUUUAGCCAGCGAAGGGGAUGGCUUAAACCAAGAUGAUCUCCAGACAGUCCGAGAAGGCUUGUGUUUCAGGCCCGUCAGCUCCAGUGGAGUCCCGGUCAUAGGACAGAUACCGGAAAAAGACCUGGGCGGAAUCCGUGUGGGCGGUGGUGGUGUUUGGAUUGCAACAGGUCAUGGACCUUGGGGCAUCAGUCUAAGCCUUGCAUCCGGCUUGGUUGUGAGUGAAGCUCUGCAGGACAAGGAGCCAAGCGCAGAUAUUGGGGAUUUAGGACUGCAUUAA